UUUCUUGUCAACACACUGAUUUUCAAGCAGUUGAUGCAUUACAACCCUUGAAGCCGUGCAUACUUAUGAAAUAGCGAAGUUGGACGCUCUGCGGCCUUGGGACGGGCCCGUCAGAGCCCGGUCUCUCGGCCAAGGCAAUGCUUUCUCGUGCUGGAGCAGGCGCAGCAGACAUGGCAAAAGGAAUGGAGAGUACCAGUGAAGCAGCCGAGCCAGCUGCUGCCCAGGCAGAGCCUGCAGCCCCAAUUCAGUCUGGCGCUUUGAGCACAGUCGCAGGCGUAAAGCCUCGGCGUGGUCCCUCGACAGUUUACCGUGGCCGGAGCGCGAAGAGCCGGGCCCAUAUACUUAGCCGGACCAUCAUCCUGCCUCGAGCGCUUGUGUAUUGCGAGGAACCUCCCGGGUUUGCUGCACCAUUAGCUGCAGAAGCUUCGCAAAGUCAGGAGACCUCGGCGCAGGCAGCUGGUGGGGGCCGAGAGGCCGCUGGGGCGCCCGCCGUGACUUUCGCGCCUGCGGCGUCCACUCCACCCGCGUCCAGCCCUGCAGCUGCCAAUGCGGAGGCGCCGCCCGCAGCACCGCCGCAGCCACCUGCCCCAGCACCAGCGCCGGCCGCGCCGGCUGCUGCACGCGGUGCCGCGCCGGCACGCGUAGCCGCUGCAAACGCAGCUGCACUGGCCAAAACCCCGGCAGCCUCCGGUAGCCGGGGCAACGUAGCUGCCUCGGCCGCUGCGCAGUCAGCGUUGGGAUCCGCAGCUGCAGCUGCCAAGUCGGCUUGCCCAGCGGCAUCACUGGCUACCGCCACGCGUGCACAGAUGCCGGCAGCCAGCCCCACAGGGGCCGCAGCGCCCGCGACCAGCCCGCCGCCCGCUGCGCCACUGCCCACGCCGUCCCCUCGCGCCACUCGGGCCUCCCUAACCGCUGCUGCAACCUCCCCCGCCAAGGGCACAGCCCAAACGCGUGGGGCGCGUGCAGCCUUAGCAAGGGUCGCAGCUGCCACGGGGCCUUCAGCACCACGUGCAGGCACACCUGCUGCUACUGCCGCUGCUGCUGCGGAGGUUCGAGCUGCUCGGCAGCGGCCGCAGCAGCUGGCUGACGCACAACCUGCGGCGUCCGCACAGGCCGCGGCGCCGUCAUUGACACCCGCACGGACACCAGCAGCACCGCAGCGGCCGGUGCAGGUGUCGAUGGCUCCCGCAAGCGCAGGCGCCAAGGCCGCUGCAAAAGCGCCUGCAUUGGUGGCAGCAGAGCCUGUGGUGCAGGCCAGCAGCGGCGAAGCCGACGACGACGGGAGUUCGGGGUCGGGCUCGGGGUCGGAUACGCUGGUGGUGGAGCUGUCAACUGCCAGCCCCCGGACGUCGCCGGAGGACCCCGCCCGCGCGGCACGGCUGCGGCAAGGUGCUGCGGCUGCGGGCGCCGCAGGGCUGCCGGCGGCCGCAGCUGCGACUUUGCCGAUGGAGCAGGACGAGCAGGGGCUAGGAGUGGGUGCCAGUGGCUCGGGUGUAGCGGGCGACGCGGCGGAGGUUGGGGCAGCAGCGGCGGUGGGGCCUGCAGUCCCAGCAGGAGGGAAGCGCGCGCGGGAAUGGGCUUCAGGAGAAGGCGGAAACGUCGAGGCUGGUGAUGGACGGCGAGUGCUGCCACGCACGGAUCAGAGCCACGCGCACGUGUCCAGCUGUGAGGAUGGCGCCGCACCCGUCGCGGCUGGAAGUGACCAGGCGCAGCAGCAGGUAGACGACAGGGCACGCGCUGGGACUGGUACCGGCCACAAUGAGCAGACGAAGGCACAGACCGCAGCGCAGCCGCCGCAGCUGCGAACGCUGAAGCGAGUGCACCUGGCGUUUUCGUCCGCCGCCGCCGCGGCGGCGCCGACGCCUGAAGCCGGCUGGGCGGCGGCGCAGGGCGAAGCGCACGCGCAUGCUGCGCGAGGAUGUGUGGACGGCACAGCAGCGGCACAAGCAGCAGCGGGACCGGCAGGCGGCACUCAAGGCGGCCUGGCACCGGCCCGACGCCCUAUAGUCGCGGAUCACGCGGGCCACCAGCCGGAACCGCCGGAGCCGCUGCAGGAGCCGCCCGCGCAGCCGGAGGCAUAUCAGCCUCAAGCAUCGCAGCCGCCGCCCGGCCCAGCAGCGCAGCUGCCUAACAGUGUGCAGGCGCCCGGCGCCGCCUCCGACCUUCUGGGCCAGCUGCACACACUGCCGCCGCACAUGCAGCAGUAUGUGGUCUCCACGCUGGCGUCGCUGUCCUCGCAGCUGGACAACCUGCGCGCGCUCGUCGCCAGCCACCCGCACACGCAUGUGGCUCAGCUUGGUAACUCGGCGCGCGCUACCUUGGUGCCGGGCUCAGCGCUGCUGGCUUCCGGCCUGACGGGCGGUCUGCCCCUUAGCCUGUUGGGCGGCUUGGGCCUCGCCGGCGGCGGCGGUCUGGCCGGCUGGCCGGGAUCGGCUGCGGGUGCGGGGCUGGCGGCGGCUCGCUCAGGACUGGUGCGCUGGCCCAACACCGUCGGCCCCAGCAGCUCUAUGGCAUCGAUCGACAUGUUGGCAGCGGAGGCGCUGGUGGGGUUGGGGCUGGAGCAAGAUGAGGUGGCGCCGGCGGCCGCGCCGGCCGCGGCUGCUGGCGCACGCGGCGCGGGGGCCGGAGGCUCGGCGGCCGCGGCCCGCGGCGCCCGGCUGGGCGGCAUGGCGGUGCCUGAGAGCGGCUGGGAGGUCGAGGCGGCGAUGUGGCCGCCGGCGCAGGAGCAGGCGGGCGGCAGCCGCGGCCCACCGGCCCACCAGCCGACACGCAGCUGCCGGUCGCUGCGGCACCUUGCAAUGACGCUGCCUCCGGUGCAGGCGCAGGGGUUGCAGGCGGUGCCGGCGCAGCAGCAGCAGCAGCAAGGGCAAGCGGCGGCGCUGCGAAAUGGGGCGCCGCUCUGCACGUCCGCCGAGCCCGGUGACGUGGCGCCAGAUGGCGCCGCUGCCGCCACCGCAGCACCGGCAGUGGCAGCGGCGACUCCUGAGGCGGCCGCUGGUGCUGAGGGACCUCAGGGCGCCGAGCAGUGCGAGGUGUUUCAGAACGCACAAGCGAAUGAUGCCAUAGCCAACGGUGUCAACGGCGCCAGCGGUGUCGGCAUCGGCUCACGGGCCGCCGAGUCCAUGCCGGGAACGGAGACGCGGGCGUCACCCGAUGCUGCCGAGGCCGCGGGCAACCCCACCUCUGCGGAUGCCGCGGCGAGAUCGCACCUCGGCGCCCCUGCCACCGACGCCCCGGGACCGUCUGCUUUCGGGUCGCAGGAGAAGGAGGAAGAGGAGCAGGGCCUGGCGUGCCGUCGGCUUAUGCCGUUGCUGUCGGGCCAGGCAGCGGCGCAGCGGGCGCUGCUGUCGCAGGCGGGUUUGACGCGGCCGACUGCCGCUGUGCUGCCGCGCAGGCGGACGCCCUACUGGGAGGGGCCGGCGGAGGAGCUGCCGCCGCUGGAGCGGGAGGCGGUGCGGGACCUCCUGCUGGGGAACGAUGCUGACGCGGUGUCGCCGGGCGACCCGGAAUCUCAGGACGCGGCAGAGGCGGGGGCCAGAGACGAUGACCUGGAGGACGGCUCGGAGGUGGACGAAGAGGCGGAGGCGCAGCGGCGGGCGGCGGGCAUCACAGCGGCCCGCGUCAGUGGCGUGGCGGAGGCGUCGCGGCGCAAGCGCCGCCGCGGCAGCAAGCCCGGGAGCGGGCUGCCGCUGCCGAUCAAGGUGUAUGUGGGGCGGCGGCCGGGGCCGGAGGACAUCGGCAAGGAGCGGCCCUACGCGGAGGGCUAUUUUGACCCCCAGGCCUACAUGAGGCGGGAGCCGUGUGUGCUGCAUGACGGCGAGAUGCUGCUGCCCACCAAGUUUGAGAAGUUGGCGCGCAGCAAGCAGCGGUGGACGAUUGGGGUCAAGGUGUUGGAGACGUGCAAGCCCAUCGGCGACUGGCUGCAGGAGCACGGCCUGCCGCUCACCCUGUUCGACCACAACAGCAACAGCGCAAAGGCGAUUGCGUUGGCCAAGAACCGCCAGGGCUCCUCCAAGAGCCGCAAGCCGACAGACGCCGAGCCGCGCGGGGCGAGCCGCGAGCCAGGCGAGCAGGCAGUCGCGGUCUCCGGCGGCGGCCAGUCCCCGGCCGGUGGCAGUGGGGGCGGCCAGUGCCCAGCUGGUGGCAAUGGUGUUAGUGCAGCUGGCGCUGCGCCGCUGGCGGCACCGCCGCCCAGUGCCCUGCCCGGACAGCAGGCGGGCGGCACGUCAGCGGUUGCGGCAACUGCAGCCGGUACUGCACCAGAGGCUGCAGGGGCCUCAAUCAGCCAGUUGGCUGCUGCCAGCACCGGGCUUGCACAGGCCACAGGGUCAACUCCUCAGGACGUGAGCGCACCCGGCGCCGAAUUGCUGCAGCCACAGCCGCAGCUGGGCUGUGCGGGGCGGGUGACCUUUGCAGACCUGCUGCCACGGUCUGCCCGUGACCCGCGGUGCAGGCUGCCUGCGCACCCCGGCAUGGGGUUUGAGCAGGCGCCUGGCUGGCUGCCCCCACACCCGCUGCAGGCGUCUGUGCCAGCACAGGCGCAGGCGCUGCAAGUCCAACAGCCGCAUCCUUUCAUGCAGGCGGUACCGCCGGCUGACAUGCGUCUGCUGCAGCCUCCGGAGCCCCACCAGCAUCCCCGCCAGCACCCCCAGCAGCAGCACCCGCAGCAGCAGCAUUCCCAGCAGCAGCAGGGCACAGCGCAGGUGCAGCCGCUGGGGCCAGCGCCAGGCGUGCGGUCGCCCGGGCAUGCGCUCAAGGUCCGCCGGCUGGUGGGCCUGCAGGGGCCGCCGGGCGGCGUCGCGCCCUGGGCUGACAGGGCGGCCCCGCUCCCGCCCCUGCCUCCGCCUGCAGUCACGGGGAAGAAGCGGGCACUGGAGAGUGCAGCCUUCUUGCCGACCCUCCCUGACUCACAUGCCGCGGCAGCUGCGCCCGCACCGGCGCCGCACCUGUCCCCAUUGCGGUCGCCGGCGCCUGGCUCCGCCGCUGCCGGCGGCUUGGGAGGGCAGGGCAGCCGGCGGGACGGCGCGACGCACUCGCCGCGCAGCUCGGCGCAGCCCUCGCGGCCGCCGCCAGUGCAGCAACGGAACCCUGACGUGCCGCGCUCCGCUCUCCUGGUGCAGCUGAAGCAGGCGGGCCAGGGCGAGUGGCCGCCCAAAAUCCCGCCCGCCCCGAGGCCGCAGCCGGUCCGACCGGGCGUGAAGUGAAGGGCAGGCCUUGGCACCGCGCGGGGCGUCACUGCCGCUGUCGCUAGCGGCCAACAGCAGUACAAGUGGUCGUGGUGGCAGCACAGCCCAAGUUUUGGCUUUGGUUCGACUGUGUAGAGCUCGCACUCGUAUCAGUGCUGUACAAUAAUGCCAGAGGAGAUAGAGCUAGAGAGUUUUACCCGCUGUAAUCCGUCGGUCGGUGGCAACUUCAUGCGAGGGGAGUUUCAGCUAAACUGAGCACAAAGGAGCGCCGGUAGCAGUGUCUUCGAGUCCUAGCUGACGUGCAGGCGACAGUUUGAUGAAGUAAGCGGUUAGGGUCAUGCAGGAUGCCAGGUGGAUAUGAAGAGGGAUGCUGCGGAGGAUGGGGGCGGCACCAGGCGCGCGUCUCCAGACACGUGAUCCCAAUUUGCAGUGGGCGGUCCUGUAGGGUGCACCCCGCUGCGCGUUUCGAGCUCGCAAUAGGGUGCAGUUGUGAUGCAGUAUCACAGGCAGAUUGCUACAGGAGCAUGAUUGUUUGCAGGUGCACACAGCGACGAAAGGAAGAUGGGGCGCCAGGCAGGUUAGUGGCAGUUGCAGGCGAUGCAGCAGGCAGGCGUAGCAGUGUCCCCAGGUGAUGCCGUACCGCUUGCAGUUCGGCCUUAAAUUUAUGGAACUCAUUGGAGGGUAUUGCUACGUGCAAUACGGAAGCCAUACUUGUUGUAAGUGCAUAGGCUGGUAUAGGUGGGCACAGGAGCUGCUUAGGCGGGCAGCUUGAGUGGCCGUGUGCGUGCGUGUCUAGGCGCCAACAGGGCGCAGUGUGCAGAUGCCGACUGGAGACGUGUGUGCAGUAGGCAGUCGAUGGAUACGUACGUGUGUGCAGAGUAGUAUAGGAAUCAGGGUGGUGAGACGCGAAACGACGCCGCCUGGCGAUGAAGCUUAGAUUGCAUUGGCUACAAGAGGGACCUGUUGACGCGGGUCGCGAGCGAUAUCUGCUCUGGACCUCGAGGGCGUGCUACCUGCAACGCCGAUGACCCACUCUAGGAGCUUAUGCAGGUGCGGCGAGAGCAGACAGAGACGCCAGAUCGCAUUAAGUGCAGGCACGUGCAGGCGCGCAUGGAGCGGUGCAGUGGAGUUGCGCUGGGUCGCACCUGCAAUGGGUUGCAGGUCAUACAGGAUUGAAGGCUAGUUAUGACUGUACGCACAAGCCGCUGCGGCCCAGCAGCUGAGACCCAUGCAAGCGGACGGAUGCAAUGGUGUCGGCCCAUC